AUGCACAGCACAACGGGUGGUGACUCGCCUGACUCGGUGACCGAGCUCGCGCGGCUCGCCGGGCUCGGCGACGAGCUGCCGAAGGCGGAGGCGGCGGCGGGCUGGGAGGCGGCGGCAAGAGACCCGCUCGGCGAGCCGGUCUCCUUCUCCGAACUGCAGCCGCUCUCGAAGUUGGGAGCAGGCGAGUUUUGCACUGUGCACUCGGCCUCGUUCCGGGGCUGCAUGGUCGCUUUGAAGCGGCUCCGGAGAGAUCUACCUUCCUGCCGAGAGUCGAUAGGGCUGGCAGAUCUUCAACGAGAAAUCGCCAUCCUCUCGCGGCUCGAGCACCCGAACAUCAUUCGCAUGGUCGCGCACGGCACCGGGAAGGAUGGGGCGCCCUUUUGCUGCCUCGAGAUGUUUUCGCAGCCGCUGAGUGCGCUCCUGCCCACCUCGACGGGCGUGCUUGCGCACAAGUGGGAGGCGCGCCAGUGGCCUCUCGCCCGCGGGCUCUCGGUCGGGCUGCAGCUCGCGAGGGCGCUGCGGCAUUGCCACGACGAGUUCCUGCCCGGAUACAGGCUCUUCCAUCGCGACAUCAAGCCAAACAACGUCGGCGUUUUCGCCGACGGGCGCGUGGUGCUCGCCGACUUCGGGCUGCUCGCGCUGUGGGAGAAGGACGCGGCCGACGACGACGCCGCCCGGCAGCUCACCGGCAUGACGGGCUCGCUCCGGUACAUGGCGCCCGAGGUCGCCCUCUCGCAGCCGUACAACCACAAGGCGGAGGUCUUCUCCUUCACCUCGCUGCUGUACCACAUGCUCUCGCGCCGCAAGCCCUUCGAGUUCAUGACGCCCUCGGUCUUCCUGCGCGAGGUGUGCUGCGGAGGCAACCGGCCUCCACUCGGCAAGGCGUGGCCCUUCCAGCUGCACGCCCUCGUGAAGGCGGGCUGGUCCUCCACCGCGUCGCACCGGCCAGAGUUCGCGGAGGUCGUGCGCGUCCUCGAGGAGACGGCGAGGGAGGUGUCCGCGGCGGGCGGGCAUGCCUUCCUGGGCGGGCGGACGCCCGACGCCGGCCGUCGCCUUCUUCUUGAUCCGCCGCGGAUGAGUCGGAUUCAGAGCGCUCGUAGCUUCGCGCAGUAGCGCGGACGCCGUCGUUGGGUUCCGAGAGUUUUUCUGAUGUAAAUGUCGCAUGUGCAUAAUGUGCAA